CCCAUACAGAACUUGCUAUGCUGUGGAGUGGUGGGUAGUCUAUGUGGUGUCUAUCCCCCCUUUUCAGAGUUCUACUUGGAUCAUUGCAGACAGGGGCACAGUGAGAACUCAGACAUCUGCUGCUCACAUGAAUGCGCUCACCUCACAUUGAACGAUCUAACAUCAUGCUCUGGAAACUAGUGGAAAAUGUUAAAUAUGAAGAUAUCUACGAGGUAACAGCAUCAUUUCUUAACAUCUCCUCCAUUCACAGCCUCUCCUGAACCAUUAAACUGGCCUUUGUGGACAAGAUUUAGAUUGCAAUUACACUUCUAUUGCAUUAUAUAAUUAGAUGUAGCGCUUUAAUCUUAAAUCUUGUUUAUAAUGUCUUUUAUUUUCUAUAACACUCUUCAUAUCAUCCAUAUAUAUACACAAAUUAUAUAUAUACACACACACACAAAUUAUAUAUCUACACACACAAACUAUAUAUAUAUAUACACACACACACACAAACUAUAUAUAUACAAACACACAAAUUAUAUAUACACACACAAAAACUAUAUAUAUAUAUAUACACACACACAAAUUAUAUAUAUACACACACACACACACAAACUAUAUAUAUAUAUAUAUACACACACACACACAUUAUAUAUAUAUACACACAAUUUGUAAAAUUAUGAAUAUUUUGUAUAUAACAUAAAUAUAUACAUAAACACACAAAUAUAUACAUACACACACAAAUAAAUACAUACAUACAUACACACACAUACAUAUAGAUUCCUUUUUAGAUAUAUUAUAUACUAUACAUUAAUAAUAGAAUAGAAAUAUAUGAAUUAAAAAGCUCAGAAUUAAAGAAAUUGUUAAAUUGUUUAACCUUUGACAGUUAAAAAAAAUAUCUAGAUCAUAUUUAAUUAUGAAUUAUUUUUGGUAUUUCUUUUCUAAUGGUAAGAAGAUAGAUAUUUUUGUUUGUUUUAUUUGUUGUCAGUGAAAUGGUUUGUUAGAAGUUGAAGGUAACUUUGGUUGGACAGCUGAGCUUGAAUUGUUCCAUUAUUUAAAGAGUCUCUGUAUUGUGCUGGAAGACUGUGUCUUGUGUAUGUUGAUUCUUUGUAACAAUGAGUGAGUGUGUGUUUUGGUCUUGGUGUGAGAUGGGGGUGGUCAUUUUACUUGGGGAAGUGGGACCUUUCUGUGACCAGAAUAGACAGAGGUCAUGCUUUCACACACUAUCCCCAACCCAUGAUAGUUAAUGUUUAAAAAAUACUGCCAUUGUUUCACAUCUGAGUGGGAUUUCAGGAAAUCAAGUUGGAUGACAGAAGCCCCCACAUAAAAUCCAUUCAUUUAGCAGAUAUUAUUCAUUUUCGGUGUAGUUUUUAGAGUGAGCUGAUUGAGUAACCUUUUUUUGUUUUAGUAUUUUCCUUUUUGUUUUUUCAUUUUGUCUUGUUUUGUAUUUUGUUUGUUUUUGUUUUUGUUUUGUUUUUUGCUUUUUUAUUUUUAUUUUUUUGUUCUUAUACGAUUUAGAGAGUGGAAUGCAAAUGAGAACGUUGGGGCUUUGGGAACUUGCUCCUUAAAACGAUCUGGAUCUAUGUGCACCCUCACUGCAGGCAGCCGACUGUCUCUUAGCUGAAAUGUCUCUUUCCUGAAUAGCCCAGUCAGGGUAAUUACCAGCGGAACGAGGGGAACAAACCGGCAUAUGCUGAAUUAGUUCCAUUCAAUGCGAUCCGAGCCCCUCACUCCUUUUAUUCAGCCUAACUGGGGCUGUAUCUCUCUAACACUCUGUCUUGCUGUCACUCUCUCUCUCUCUCUAUCUGUCUCUGACUAAUGUCUCACACUCUCGUUUACAUUCAUUAUUUCUAUCUGUUUAUCUUUCUCAUUCUCUGUCACUAUCUCUCUCUGUCACUUUCUGUAUAGGUCACUGUCUCUCUGUCAGUAACUCUCUGUCACUAACUGUCUCUGUCACUAACUCUCUCACUCUCUCUCUGUGUGUUGGUGACUAUCUCUCUCCAUUCGUUAUUUCUAUGCCUUUCACUCAUUCUCUCUGUCUGUGGCUGUCUAUCACUCAAGUCGUAUCAUUUUUCAUUCAUUGUGUCUAUUUGUGAUUAUCUCUUUUUAAUUCUCUCUCCCUCUUUUUGACAUUCUCUCCCUUCGCUUGCUGUCAUUCCUUUCUAAAUCCCCCUCUCUCUCUUCAUAACUCACUGUCUGUCUAGUCCCCUUCCUGUGUCUCUAUCCCUUUCUCUUCCUGUAAUUUUUCUCAGUUUCUCACUACUUGUCUCUUAUUCUCUAUUUCCCUACAUUGGAUACCUCUGUCUCUUUCUUCCCAUCCCUUCCCAUCCCUUCCCACACACACACACACACACACACACACCUCUCCCCUCUCUCUCUUUUAACUCCCCAACCCCAACUCUCUCUUUCUAAUACUUCCCUGGCCUCUGGUGCUCAAAGAGUUAACAUGUCUGCCCUUAUCUUGCUUACUGCCUCAAUGUGUAUAUAUAUAUAUCACUUGGCUAAGUAUAACUAGAACCAAUCUCCCUUGAAAUAUCUCUGAUCCUUUUACCAGAAUUAUGACAUGUAGAGAGGAUUUCUCAGUUUCUCGGUGUACUGAUUACAUACAAGCCAAUUUGUCAGAGACACUGGGUGUGGUGUAUGUAAAUGGGACUCUUUGUGAAUCAGUAAAAGUCUAUAUUGACCCAACAUGUAUUUUAUCAUUAGCUAUAUUAUAUUGUAAUUGUUAUUAGUACUAUUUGAUUGUAUCCUGAUGCAGUCAGAUAGCAGGGCCAGGGCAGUAUUGGGAGUUCACAGAACAUCAGACAGAGUUCAUAUAUGGCCUUUGGCUCUCUGAGUAACUAGAAAUCCGCUCUCUUCGUAAAUCCUGCAGCAGAAAAUAGCCUCCAGAAAAACAGAAAAAAAAAACUAAAAAAAAAUUGAAAAGGAAAGAAAGACAACAAUAAAAUAAGUUGUUUUUCAAGUUCCUCAGCACAUACACAAAAUAAUUCAAUUCGAAAAUAUGCUUUAAUAUGCCAGAACCAGUAUGUGAACAGUGUGUGACUUUGUACUGUCAUGUUAUAUAGUGUGUGUGUGUGUGUGUGUCUGUAAAUAUAUUAUACAUAUAAAAUAUCAUGUGUGCGUCUCUAUGUUAUAUAUAUAUAUAUAUAUUAUAAUACCUGUGUGAGUCUGUGCUAUAUUAUAUAUAGUAUAAACACGGUGUGAGUGUGCUAUAUUAUAUAUAGUAUAACAAUUGUGUGUUUCUGUGCUAUAUUAUAUAUAUAGUAUAAUAACUGUGAGUCUGUGCUAUAUUAUAUAUAGUAUAAUAAUUGUGUCUGUGCUAUAUUAUAUAUAUAGUAUAAUAACUGUGAGUCUGUGCUAUAUUAUAUAUAUAGUAUAAUAAUUGUGAGUGUCUGUGCUAUAUUAUAUAUAAUAUAACUGUGUGAGUGUGCUAUAUUAUAUAUAGCAUAAUAACUGUGUGAGUCUGUGCUAUAUUAUACAUAAUAUAACUGUGCGAGUCUGUGCUAUAUUAUAGUGUGUGUGUGUGUGUGUUUGUGUGUGUGUGUGUAUGUGUGUGUGUGUGUGUGUCUGUAUAUAUAUAUAUAUAUAUUAUACAUAUUUAUAUAAAAUAUAUGUGUGAAUCUCUAUCUUAAUUAUAGUAUAGCAAUUGUGUGACUCUGUGCUAUAUUAUAAUGUGUGUGUGUCUGUAAAUAUAUUAUUUAUAUCAAAUAUUAUGUCUCUUCUAUAUUACAUGUAGUAUAAAAAUUGUGUGAGUCUGUGCUAUUUAUAGUGUGUGUGUUUGCAUUUGUGUGUGUGUGUGUGUGUCUGUGUGUAAAAAUAUUUGUUGAUAGUGCUAGCAUUAAUCACCGAAGGUUGUUAGCAACGUCUAAUUAAGUACAGGGUAAAUGAAAUCUCUUUAGCUUUAAGAUGCAGUGUCCCUUUAAUCCCACACCCCAUUGCUGUGCAGCCUCUCCUCCAACUUAAUUGACACUGUGCAUCUUUUUUUUUUUUUCUCUCUCUGCUAAACUUUUACCCAAGACUUCCUAUCCCAGCCCCCUUGUCUGAUUACAUCUAGUAAUUCUCCUCUGGAUGAACGUCACUUACAAUGGUUGGGGAGCUGGGGAGCCUGCUGCAGUUCCACGCUCCAUUUCUCCUCCAUUCUGCCUUUAAAGUAGUCGUGUAAUAUUAAUAGUCAUGAAUAUCAAUUAUUAUGAGGCGGUGUAGAGAGGCAGAGGGAAGGGGCUUCUGAACAGUCUGAGCCUUGCCUUGGGUAGAAGAGGAUUAAACCUGCAGCUCACAAACACACACAGAGAACAAUAUAUACAUAUAUAUAUUUCCUACUUUGGGGACAUUUCUUGAUGGAUAGUCUUGGAAUCAUCUCAAGCAGUGUUUCAGUGUGUUUAUUCUACACGAGCCCAUUUUAUUUCAUUUAACUGUUUGCAAGAACCUCGCCUUUUGCCCAGAUGUUAGUCCACACCUAUUCAGCUAUGGUGAGUUGCUUGAAUUUUUUCUUUUUUUUUUAAUUUAAUUCCUUUUUUUUUUUUUCUUUAAAUGCCUUUGGCUCUAUAAUUUCAGGCAAUAAUUGCAGGGUACAGCUGGCUUUCUCAGAAUACUUAUUAUCGGUGUGAGGUGGACUAGAAUCAGCUAGAGAGAGGGGGAAAAAAAACUUCUUCGUUUUUGCUUGUGGCGAAUUGGAGUGCACUUUUCCCAGAAAUACCUUUGUUUAAUUCAUGGAGAUUUUUGUUGUUGCUACUAGUCCUACACUGAUUUGAAGGAUUGUGCUUCUGUUUUCAAAUUAUUUUAAUAUAUUUUGUAGGUAACCGGAAAUAUUAUUAGGGUUUUUUUUAUUGUAAUUGUAUUCUAUUUAUUUUUUUUUAAUUUUCUAUUUUUUUUAAUUAUUUUUUAAACAUGUUAUAGUAUCUUAAAAUGUCAUUUUAAACUUUGACGCCUGCCCUUUCAGCAAAUGAUUACAAUUUAUUUGAAACAAAUUGAUUUGGCAUUUAAUUUCUACAGAGUGCUAUUUUUUUCUUUUAAUGCUAUUUAGAAGUGUAUGCGAUUUCACUGACAUGGGGAUAAAGAUUUUACACUGCACUAAAUCUGCUUUAAUGUUUUGGUUUUUAAAUGGUGUGAAUUAUCACAUUAUUAUGCCUUUAAAAAUGUUAAAUGUAAUAAUAUUAAUUUACAUUGAGUUCAAUUGAAUAAGUCUUACUGUGUUAUUUUGUCAUGCUUAAAUUUAGUAACAAAUAAUAAGAAUUUAGGAGAUCCUGACAGUGCUGUCGUGUUUUUGUUUUGUUUUGUGAUUGCAUAUUUAUACAUGUAACUGAUAUUCUGUAUUUACAAAUUCGGGGCUAUAAAGCUCUCUUGUGACUGGCAAUUUUUUUUUUUUAUAUGCAACCUUUCUUGUAUUUUUUAUUCGACUGAUACUUUUUAUAUGUUCUAAGGUUUAUAAACAUUGUAUAUAUUUGGUUUAUUUUUUUAUUGAAACUUUUUAUUAAAGGAGACAUAAUCUGAGGUUGCUAUAUAUUGUAUAUAUAUUAGUUUUAUUGUUUUUUUUGAAACUUUUUAUUGUAGGUUAUAUCAUUUGAGCGUGUUCUUCUUGACAAUAUCCUAUUUUCUUUCUCUAGGACCGCCAUGACGGUGUGCCCAGUCACAGUUCAAGGCUGUCCCAAUUGGGCUCAGUUUCUCAAGGACCCUAUUCAAGUGCCCCUCCGUUGUCACAUACCCCUUCCUCGGACUUUCAGCCACCUUACUUCCCACCACCAUACCAACCUCUACCAUACCACCAAACACAGGACCCCUAUUCUCAUGUCAACGAUCCAUACUCACUAAACCCUCUACACCAGCCCCAGCAGCACCCCUGGGGACAAAGGCAAAGGCAAGAUGUUGGCUCGGACACUGGAUCCCUCUUGCCCCAACCCAGAGCUUCAUUGCCCCAGCUCUCUGGACUUGAUCCUAGAAGGGACUACCACUCAGUGAGGAGGCCCGAUGUUCUCCUCCACUCAGCUCAUCAUGGUCUGGAUUCUGGCAUGGGGGAUGGCCUGUCUCUACAUGGGAUAGGCCCCCCAGGAAUGGAAGAUGUCCAGGUAAGGAAAGAAAAUAGAAACGCUAGCAUUAAUAUAAGGUCCAUUUAAAAAAAAUUAAAAUAAUAAUUAUAUAAGAUACAUGUGAUAUAAUAGUUUAUUUAUGGAAAAUAAAACGUGGGCCUAGUAUUAGGUCAAGAACUUUGUGUCUAAAUUACCUGGAAAAAUAAUGUAGAAUUAGUGGUUGAUACACUAUUUGUUACAAGAGCCAGAAAAUAUCAGCUUUUUUUACUUUGAAAAUACUGCGAUAUUAAUUGCAGUGUUGGAGUAAUAAGUGUUUCACUGGGAAAAAAUAUAUACAUGUUAUAUUUAUUUGUUUCUAUUUUGUUAAGACAAUUUUAAAUAUUGGUUUGUCGUUGGAAAUCUAAACAAAACGAAUUAUUGCCAAAAAAUAUAUAUGAUAUAUAUAUAUCAUUAAUAAACCGUUUAUGAAUUCAGCAAAGGAAAUAUAGAUAGAUAAAUAGAUCGAUAGAUAGAUGGUAGAUAGAGAUAGAGAUAGAUAGAUAGAUAGAUAGAUAGAUAGAGAGACAGGCAGAUAGAUAUAUAGAGAGAUAGAUAGAGAGACAGAUAGAGAGAUAGAUAGAUAGAUAGAUAGAUAGAUAGAUAGAUAGACAUUUUUACCGGGACUAGAUGAGCAAGUUUUACUAAUUAAUUUAUUAUUAUUAAUAUUGUCACCUUCAUGUUAUGCAUAGACAGCGUUCGUUCAAGUGAUUUUUUUUUUACUUUACUACAUUAUUAGUUUGUUUAUUUAUUUAUUUAUUUAUUUUACUGUACCAAGAUCUUGUGAAUCUGCAAAGCACUUUAAAAGACUUGUUUCAUUUGUAGCCUUAAUUCGUUAUAAUUAUUUCGUAAUUCAUUUUACGUGGUGAAAUCAUGUAAUCAUGUAACCAAGAAAUAAUGUAGACAAAUAUUGAUCAGUCUGACAUUUUCUAAAUGUGUUCAAAUUUUCUAAUUUUUUUUCUAAAUCGGAUAAACUUUCCUCACAUAUAUUCCAAUAAAUGCUCUAUUUAAUACACUAUUCACGUUUCAUAAUAUAUGGAGUUAGCACACAUAUAACAACGGUUAGUAUAUGUGGAUGGAUGGAUGGAUAGAUAGAUAGAUAGAUAGAUAGAUAGAUAGAUAGAUAGAUAGAUAGAUGAAUGGAUAGAUGGAUAGACAGACAGCCAGACAAGCACAAACACACUACACUCGGAUGUAAUGAAAUAUAAUGUAUUUAAACCAUGGUUUACCGGAUAUUCUGGUCGAAUUUUCGUCGUUUUCCGUAUUUAUGUUUUAAAUCAUCAAUUCAGAGGUGACAUUUUAAAUCAUUAAAUAGUUUCAUGCAAUUUAUUUACAGAGAACGCGUAUUAACCCCUGCGUUACAUCGACACACACAAACACAGAGAGAGAGACACACACACACAGACAUACACACACGGACACACACGCACAGAGACUCAGAUACACACACACACACACACACACACACAGUGUAUACCUGCUAUGCACACUGUAGCCAGGCCUUCCUGAGCCAGUUUAAAGUGAAGAAAUGUAGUAAUUACAAGUCUCAGUUGUUUGUUGCUUGCUUUCUGCAUGCAGUCCUAAUUAAAUCUUUACGAUCCUCUCAGUGACUAUUAAGUGCCAACACGCUGUGUGGAUAUCCUGUACAAAAACGCAGCAGGCGAUGUAAUUAGAUAGAAAAUCAGACAAGACUCUUCUCAUUAACUACAACAACUUAACCACGUUGCUGAUGAAGCGUGGGGAUUGCAAUUUACCUGGCGGAGCACUCACUGCACACUAUUAGGUGUCAUAAUAACAUGAACAGUGGCCCUUGUUGGGUGGAAUAUAAAAGAUGGCUAGCAUUCUGUCAUUGGGGCCACUGGUGGCUUCCACAGUUAUUACAGAUGUCUUAGGGCUGGCUGGGCAUCAUAGGAAUUGCAGUUCACCAAUGUCAUAGCAGUGACUGCUGUGGGGCACAACAAGGGUAACCCUUCAUUCAAAGGGUUAAAAUUGACUAAUGACUAAGAUGCUAAAUUAAUUAUCCCUAUCAAUCUAGAACCACUGGCUCCCAAGUCCUGUGUCCUGAAAUCAGCAGGAUAUUUAGCGAAUCUAGGUCUGCAUAGUCACAGUCAUAGUCAUUUCUUUUUAUGGAACUAAAGUGUUAAAAGAGACCAUUAAAGUCUUAUCCAACAAGAACUACCUAUUUGUAAGUUAGAUAUCUUCCCUAACGUUGAGAUCAGCUGUUUAAUUCAGGAUUUGAUUAAGUGCACUUAUUUUUUUUUAAAUAAGUUUUUUUCAGAUAUAUUUUGAUAUCUUAGCGUAGAAAUAUGUGAUUUUUUUUUCAUGUAUUACACUGAAUAUAUACCUAUAUACCAUAAGACUAUAUGGAUAUUAUGGAUCUGUGUUCAAUUACUGUAAAUUAUGUUUUUGAAAAAAUAUAUAUUAGUAGAAGCCACAAUGCAUUUAAUACAUUUAAUAGGCAAAAGAUUUUAUCUCAAUGUUUUACAGUCACAUAAAAGGAUCAUAAAUAGAUUAAGCGACUGAGAAAUAAUUGACUCAUUUUCUCAGAUUAAAUGGGAAAAUACGACUACAGAUUUUUUUUUUACUCUGCGAACAUCUUGUGGUACCCUAUGACUAUACUUGUUGGUAUUAUAGAAAAAUGUGUAUUUAAAUUUUUGUUUUAGAUCAGGUUUUGACAACUGAUUGCAAUCUGACAUUUUAUAAUGUUGAAAUCACAGGACAUUCAAAAGAAUCAUAUAAUGUCUCCCAAACUUAAAAAAAAAAAUUGUAAUAGAAUGAAUAAAAUAAAAAUUGAAACAACAAACACGGAGGAUUAGUGUGCCCAAUCCUGUGUGUAAUUCAAUAUGUAACAAGAUAAGAAAAUUGCUCCUUCACACAGAAACUUCCCAUCUCAUCCUUAUCAGCUCAAAUCAUUUGGCUAUAAUUCAUUUCCACAGUGUGUUCCUGUGUGUGGAAUAAUAAAAACGAUGUCCUGGUGAGUUCAUUUAAAUAGAAAUCUAUACACUACCUAGCACAUAAAUAUUAUACAGUGUGUGCGCAUAUACAUAUUUAAUUUAAUGAAAACAGCACUGGUAUUUUUUGUCUCCACAGUCAGUUGAAGAUGCCAAUAACGCUAUGAAUAUAUUGGAUCAGUCAGUUAUUAAGAAAGGUAUGUAUAAUUGUCCUAUUCAAAUCCUGAGCUCCUUACCUGACACUGUGACACUGCUAUAACUGUAUCUUGCUACAUAUGUGUGUGUGUUUGUGUGUGUGUGUGUGUGUAUAUAUGUAUAUAUACACACACACAUAUCGUUAUAUGCAUAUAUACGUAUAUAUGAAGUAGUACGUCAUUCAAAAAUUCAGUUAGUUCAAAAAAAAUCACCGUAUCACUUUUAUAUCACUUUUAUUUCACUGUUAUUUUACAAACACACGCACACAUGCAGACACACACACACACACACGUAUGUGUGUAUAUAUAUAUAUAUAUAUGUGUGUGUGUGUGUGUUUAUGUGUAUAUAUAUGUAUGUGUGUGUGUGUGUUUGUAUGUAUAUAUAUAUAUAUAUAUAUAUAUAAAACAUGUAAUAUAUGUAUACAUGAAUAUGCUGAUAAUGCAUGUGUGAUCCUGUGUAGAUCCAUAUUACCCCCACCAUUAUGGUAAUGAAUGCCUAUGCCCUGUUUGUGGCAUGUUUGCCAGUUGGGUUUAAUGAGUUCAGUAAAUGUAUCAUGAGAAAUACAUGCGCAGAUUCGCAUCUUUGAUUUAAGCGUUUCAGAAUACCCCACUGUUACAGAGUGUGUGCACUUAACAAAUGUUUGCAGUCUCGUGUACAGCUGCAAGGAAAAUAAUUAACUAAUUAAACUAAUUAAAUGUAAUUACAAUAACUCAUUUUGGGCUUAUUGCCGUCUUUCCAUUUUUCUAUAUAUUUUCUGUGACAGACAAUGACAGUGCAUGACAAUAACAAUGAGGAUUUGCUGAUACUUUGGGAUGCAGGAUUGCUUUAUUUUUGCACUGAGAGAUAUUUAAGAACAACAAUCUGUGUUUGGAAUAAUUCACAAUUAGAUGUAAUGGUUUAUUUAAUCUCGUCUAAGGUCUAUGAAACAUUGCUUUAAUACCAGAAACAGAAAAUCAUAUUUAUCACCACCAUUUAAUUAAUCGAUGUAUCUGAUAUAUAUAUAUAUAUAUAUAUAUAUAUAUAUAUAUAUAUAUAUAUAUAUAUAUAUAUAUAUAUAUAUAAAUAUAUAUAUAUAUAUAUUUAUAUAUAUAUAUAUAUAUAUAUAUAAAUAUAUAUAUAUAUAUAUAUGUAGUAUAAUUACUCCCUUAUUCAGAAAGAGGCACAGCACAUAUAAAAAACAUCAACAAGAGUCUUACAAAACAAUAGCACUAAUUGUAGUGUGAGAAGAGGUCACCUUUGUUAUGAUCCUAAAUAUUACCCCCAUUUACCCCAUAUUAUAUUGUAAAAACUACUGGAAGACAAAGCAUAUCAGAAUCAUUUGGGUUUAUGUAUAAAAAGUAAAAUUGACCCAAAGUUCUAGAGCAAUCAGCAGGAACAUUCAGUAGGUUUCCAUAGUGAUUGCUUCAGUUUUAGAACUUUGCCCCAGAAAUAUUCUUUAUACCUUAAAUCCCCAUGUGUUUCACUGCUAUGUCAGUGGGAUCCAUCUAUUUCGUUAUAUCUAAGUAAUACUAUAAAUGACAGGCAACAACAGUGCAGAUAUUAUUAUGUUUCAUUUAUAUUUUGUUUAGUUUUUACUUUAGUUAUUUUGUUAAAUUGCCAAACUUUGAACAUAAUGCAAUGGUAACUGUCCACACAUAGCACAGGUCUCUGAAAAAGUUCAAUUCGAUUUGGCCUUGGAUGUCUUGCUGACCUGUACUGUUAAUAGUGGGUUUGUGGUGUGCUGCAUGCCCUGUGUAAUAAGCUUGCAGUAAUAAUUUAUUGCAUGCAAAGCAAAAAUAAAAAAUAAAAAUAUCACACACAUUUGACAGAUUUUCCUUUCUGGGAAGUUAAUUGAAAUGGUGGCACUUGAAGACUAGUUAACAACCCCAGUAAAUAAAUAGGAACUGUGUUUAACUAGAUAAUCCAAAGCCUUGGUUUUAUUACCUAGGGAAUCACAUCAUUCGCUAUUAUGUUAUGAGAGAAAGUGUACAGAUAAAAUGAGUGAUAAUGUCAACACGUGUAAUAUAAUCCAAAUCUUACACCAGGAGUCUACUGAGAAAAGCAGAACGUGUUCUGGCCAGCUAUUUGCAAUACUGGCCAAGCAACACUAAACAGAUGACAAGAUACACUUUAGCCUUCGUUUCACUUUAUCAAUCAUCCAAAACACUUACACAAGCAAAAUGUUAAAAUGUGUCACUGUGAUAUCUGACCCUUAGCUUAAGUAAUUUAAAAUAAUUUUCACUGAGGAGGUGUAACUACAUAACAUUAAUUUUUUUUUUUUUAAAUGUAUCUACCUCCAAUAUAUAUAAUGUAGUUUACUGUAUUGUAUUGUUAUAAAUGAGCUUGUAAUUUGGUAUAUUUUUGGUGUCAGGUUCCCAUUUAAGGGUUCUGUCCCUUCUCUGCUAAGGGAGUUGCAGGAUUGUCUGCUAUUUGAAAUCAUUUUUGCUCUAAGUGCAGCAAGGGGAAUGUGAAAAGUUUGGUUGUGCGGCCCUCUAAGGGUUAAUGGAAAGUAAUGAAAGGAAUUAAGCAUGCACCUGGCUUUUAACAGAAAGGAAAUAAUGAUAUAAUGAUUUUGUGACUGUUAUUCAGCAGCAGACAGCCAUAUAUUGAGCCACUAAGUAGAUGCCAUGAUACUGGCAGUCUGGAGAGUGCUAGCUGCCAGGAUGAACAAUAGAACACAGGAGGCUGCUGAGUAUGUUCGAAGGUUCGUUAGGACUUGCUACUGUUUAUCAAACCAUGGCUGUAUAUUUACCAGAUCAGAGAUGGAUAAAUGACAACACAACAGCCUUGCUAGAGAGCAACAUUGGGUCAUUCCUACUGGGUUCACUCACUAAACAGUGAAUUAUAGCGAAUCAACUAAAAUGAAAAUAAUAAUAGUGGCAGAUAUUGUCCAUUAUGGAUGAGCUGGGAGAUUUGAUGGCCUACAUAUUGCACAUCUGUUCUUAGCACAAUGUAUAAUUUUUGUGUCAGCUUUCCUUUGUUGAGGCCUCCUCAAUAAUUCUAACCUCCGAUAAUGCUCAAUUUCACUCCAUUCCAAUACAAAAGGAACUCCCAUACACCCCGAACUGUAGAAGAAUUAGAAUUACCAUGAUGCCUUCCCAGUCUAGCUAAUAAAAUAUUCAGGCUGGCAAAGCAUCAUGGGAGUGGCAAUUCUUCAAUAGAUGUAAUUCAGCAACAACUGGAGUUUAACCCCUUAGCCACCCCUGUACUAUAUUGAUCAACUAAAAUGUUGCAUUUACAUUCUGCCACAUCAUAUCCAUAUUAUUAAACUUUUAUGAAUAAUAAACAGCCUCUCCAUAGACUUAAUGAACACCGGAGUAGCCUGACUUCAUUUAUCUAUCUAUCAUUUUGAUUCCAUGAACCCUAAUAUUUCUUGUUGUUAAUUAUUAUUAUACUGAUAUAAUGCUAUGGGGAUCGAUCCAUUGACAGCAUUGAACUAGGCCAGAAUUUACUAUCCAUAUAUAUUGAAUUAGGGUGUGUCUACGUCACUAUGCUCUAAUUUACAAAAUCUUCAAGUAUCAAUCAAAUUUUAGAAAAUAGAAGAUAAAUUAAAUUGAUAUGGGGGGAGAUGGAAGGGGGGCAGAGGGGAAGGUGCCCAUCCUUGACAUCUAAAUGGGGAUUUCCUAAAUCAUGUUCUCUCCUUAGCCAGAGACAGAUUCCUCCCUCCUUGUUAUGUUUCCUAUAGAACACUAGCUGACGUUUCUAGAGUAAUUUAGUUAAGAGGAAAUGAGUUGUCCCCAGUGGAGAAAGCAAACGAGUGGAGUUAAGGUAGCCAGCGUGAUAAAUGUCUCUUUCAAUCUCAGAUCUCCAGAGCUCGUUUAAGGCUAAUUUUCUGUAUGAGCCCCCUUUGAGCUAUUAAUGCAAUAGUCAGGGACCAUGGCCCCUGUUCUGUUGCUGGCCCAUUAAAACCACUAUUAGACAGUAGAAUCUGUGGGGAUAAUGAAAGGUGCACUUAAGAUAUGGUAAUAUGUAUUGGCAGAGGGUGGUAAAUACGAUUUAGAGGGGUUGGUCAAUGAGCAAUCAAUAAAGCAAUAAUGGGAAUGCGUCGCUACAUUAACACAUCCAAAUUCCAAGUAGACAUUAAAAAAUCAUUUUGAAUUUCCGCUUCCAUUAGGACCUGGGAGAGAAUUUGCGAUUAACAUAAUAUUUACCAUGUAGCUACACAUCUGCUUUUGUCAAUAUGAAAUUGUAUAAAAAUUUAUAAAAUAAGGAAAGGGAACUCGGAAAUAAAAUCACACUCCCCAAUCUAGUAAGAAAAUUAACUAACUAGAAUUAGGAAAUUGUAGAUAACAAACAGAUAAAUACAAAAAUGUAUAUAUAUAUAAAUAGUAAAAAGAGAAAAAUAGUAAAAAAAAACACUCCUUGAUUCGGUAAUAAUAUUUUUGCUUUUUUAAAUUCUUUAAAUUUUUUAAUUUAAAUUUUUUUCACCACACUGCUUGAUUAAUUCAAGAUCGGAAUCUUUCUUUGUAAUGUGAAUAUGUGUAUACGAAUUCAUUAUUUUUUUUAAUUUAAUACAUUUAUUCGAUUUCAGAAUAACUUCAUGUAACAUAUUAGGAAAUGUUUAGACGUGUGCUAUUAAAAGGAAUCAGUUUAUUUUCAUAUUUGUUAAUCAUCGUAACCCCAAACGAUAUAUAAAAUAUAUAAAAGUCCCUGUUAGUUAUGCUUUGUGUUUUACUGUUCCUUGUGGAGAAGAAUGCGAUCAUAACCUUAUCUAUAAAAUAAAAUAUAAAUAAUCUAAUCCAAUAAUUUAAAACACUAUGAAAUACCAGCAAUAAAUUGAACAUGUCUAACAUCUUAAAAAAAGUCAAGAAACACAAAAACAUGAACACACAACACAGACAUACCACACACAAUAAAAUGAGUCUCCUUCUCACAAACUUAGUGCAGGCGAAAGGUUAGUUUAACCCAUGAAAGGCUAGAGAGGUAUUUAAAAUGUGAUUACCAUGGUAAAAGCAUAUACACACACAAACAAAUAAACACAAACAUACACACACACACACACACACACACACACACACACACAAAUGACCGAAUAACCUUCCACCUGCUAAGUGCAAGUGAAGAAAAUAUAAAUUUAACCCAUUAAAGACUGAAAGCUUUGAAGUAACUUCCUGGUAACCUAAAAGGUUAAUAUGACCUAUGAGGCCCUAGAAAGUUGUUUUAACCAUUUAGGUGCCAGGCACUAUGCAUGCUGUACAGACGUUAAAACGAGCUGCCCUGGAGGCUGAAAUAACUGCAAUGGGCUGGCAGGCAUGGGGUUAAAUUAUGCAGAGAAGAUUGUAAACAUGUAAAGGAGUGGGAGCCGCACGCUGAGUGUCUGCUAUGCUCCAUUUCCUUACCAUUUCCUGCUGUCUGUCUAAAGCUACCUCACUCAUCUUGAGAUUUAGCUUCCAAGAACAGUAUGCCCAUAAUUACUACCAACCCAACCGAGCAUGGACCACUGCUUAUUGCUAAAGACAAGCCAAGAGAAAUGGGAGAUCUGCUGGGGAUUUGGCAAUAGAAAUCAAAGAUUUGCUACAAGAAACCCAAAACAAAUAUUACACACAACAACAACAACAACAAAAUGAAACAUGUAUAUGAAAUUUUUUUAGCCUGAUCGUUUUUUUUCCCCAACUCAGGUACCAAGGAAUGCCGUUACUUUUCUUAAAUCUAACGCCGCAUGAGAUCUGUUUUAUUCGCAUGUCCAUUUUAUUUAAAAAAAUAAAGUUUUGCAUUUUGCAUAUCGGUCCUAGUGUAUGUAGGUGGCGAUAGAAAUAUCUAACAAUCUUCCCUUAGAUCAUCCUAAAUGAUAUAGUACAGAGAAGACAAGAGCCAGACAGAAGGCACACAGUGUUUGUGUGUGUGUGUGUUUGUGUGUGUUUGUGUGUGUUUGUGUGUGUAUACGCCUAGACAUACAAUACACAUUCCUCGAAUGAAAAUAAUUGCUCUUAUAAGGACGUGUAAAUUAUAUGUAAGUACACGAUUUACCUUCAGUAAAUACGAAAAAGUACUAUUCGCUAAUCGGUUAAUUGUGGCGAAUUAAAACACGAAUUGCUAAAUUUUGUCCAAAAAUUUGAACUAAUUUCGCAAUUUCAGCUCCUUUUCCCAUCUUGCUUAUUUUAGCCUUUAAAAAAAAAAUAAAAUAAAAAAUAUUCGAAUUUCGAGUCACCACCACUCAACCCAGACCCAAAUACCUGCAGUUUAAUAUAAUUUGUAUUGCUUUAAAAAUAACAGUUGUUUUUGUAAUCGAAUUACAUUUUUCAGGUGGAAACCCAAACAGAGCUGAUGACAAUUUUAUAACUAUAUUGCCAUAUUAAUGAAACUGCAGUAACUAAUGAACAGAGCUCACAGUUAGCUAUUUUUAUUCCAGUUAAAAUUAUUUUCCGAAUUCAAGAUAAAAAAAUAAAAAAAUAAAAAUAAAAAAAACGACGUGAACUAACCAGCUUGCAUUUCCUGAACUAAAUGAGCCCAUUUCACCUGUUUUGGCCGAACACGAUUAACUGUUAGUAAAUACAGUGGGCGUUAAUUAGAAAGUUUCUCUAUCAAGGUUCAAUAUCCGUUAACGGUGACACAUUAUUAAUUCGGCCUCUUUAAAUGAUCCUGUAAUUCGCUAGUUUAAUUAACAAAAGGAUUCGAAAAAACACAUUAAAUAAGACAAAUUAAUGAUGUUCUUUUUUCUGCAGAAUUUCGAAAUGCGACAGACAAACAGACAGACAGAAAGAUAGAUAUAUAGAUAGAUAGAUAGAUAGAUAGAUAUAGAUAGAUAGAUAGAUAGAUAGAUGGAUAGAUAGAUAGACAGACAGACAGACAGAUAGACAGACAGACAGACAGAUAGAUAGAUAGAUAGAUAGAUAGAUAGAUAGAUAGAUAGAUAGAUAGAUAGAUAGACAGGCAGAACGAUAAAUAGAUAGUGAUAGAUAGAUAGAUAGAUAGAUAGAUAGAUAGAUAGAUAGAUAGAUAGAUUUAUUAAAAUAAUUUAAAAAUAAUAAAAAUAAUGGUAGACAAAAAUAAACAAUUCGAUCGCCACUGGUCUUAAUAAUUGCAAUUUAUUCAGCAGUUAUAAAUAUUGAAGAGAACUGUGUGUCUCCCCCAAAAUGUAUUAUUAACUAUUCAGCUACCGAGUGAAAUGGUCACUUAUCAAUAUUUGACAUCGUCCUUUUGUCUUCUGUUCGCAGUUCCAGUCCCACCGAAAUCUGUGACCUCUCUUAUGAUGAAUAAGGAUGGUUUUUUGGGAGGUAUGUCUGUGAAUGCAGGAGAGGUGUUCUGCUCAGUACCUGGUCGGCUGUCCCUGCUCAGCUCCACAUCUAAGUAUAAAGUGACAGUGGGGGAGGUCCAGAGACGUCUGUCCCCACCAGAGUGUCUGAAUGCCUCCCUGCUUGGUGGUGUACUCAGAAGGUGAGUCUGUGUGGAACUCCUCGCUGUUUGGGAUUGGCAGGGGAGGUGUUAAUGUGACAACACACCUUAUCAAAUGAACCAAUACAUUCCUCUGGCUCUGAUACAGCUAAGGUUACAUGUUAUACAAGGUGCUGUUUGGAUGUGUACUACCUAGCACAGCUGUCCAUGUAAGGUUACCCAGCCCUAACACAAAAUGUACCAAAUCAGGACCAGUCCAAUAUUCUCCCACUAGACUCCAGUCUGCAUCAUAACUAAUAGAGACCUAUUAAUAUGUUUAUAUAUCCACAACAAUAAACACUUACAGCUCCUUUAAAUGACUUGUAAUAAAAGUCAAAGUUAUAUUGAGGUCGAUUUAAAAUAUUUUUUCUUUUUUUUUAAACAAAAUGGAUGUUAGGUGUUCACACAGUUUCUUAAAAUAGUGGCUGGUGUGAGAUAAAGUGUAGAUGAGCUCCUAUGUAUAUGUGUGUGUAUGUAUUGCAAUCUAUGUCCCUGUAACAGGCAGUGCAGCAGCCUUAUUAUACUAGACAGUUAUUUAAUCAUGCUUGUUCAGGGAUGUGCUGCCCCAUAUUGAUUACCUGUAGACACACAUAAAGCCUUACAGGAACGAAUGACUAGAGUAUCCACAAAUUAAUUUAUAGACAAUAUCUACAGCAGCAGAGAGCAAAGGGGUCUCUAAAUGUCCUCCUAUGGUUUCCUGUGCUUUUUGUAUAUUAUUCUUAUUAAGCUGGAUAUAUACAUCACUCGUUCCCUGUACAUGAGAAAAUAUACUAUACAUGAGAUGUAUACCUCUUGUAGCAGGAGAUAGAUUCUGCUUCUAACAGCAAACAUCUACCCUGAGACACUGUGAUGUUAAUAGAGAAUUACUGUUGGGAACUUAUUGGGGAAUGAUGUUCUUGUAGUUUUGACAACAUACACACUCACUUAAACACACACAUACAAACAAACAAACAAACAAACACAAAAUUACUUACCACAUAUUAUCACAAGUUACCUGGACAAAAAAUAAACAAAAACAAAAAACUACAGUAUAAGCACAAAUAAAAGACAAACAGACACUGUCACAUAUACAAUAGAAAACAACACAGCCAGAUUUAAAAUACACGAUCAUGUCCUGGAAUAAACAAAUGGACACACACACACAUAGAGGUAAAAACACAAAUAAAUUGUGCAUAUAACGUUUAUGUUGUAUAUAAACACACACACACACAGACAAACACAACACACACACACACACAAUCACGAUAUGCCAUUAGCAAAAUAUUAACUGAAAAACUUAGAACUAAGCACAUCAACGCCCAAAGACAAACGCACACAAACGCAUCCAAACAGCCUAGUAUGUUAUCAAAUAUGCCAACAUGGUAACAGAAAACACAAUGUAAUAGUUAUGGUAAGACUUAUUGUGUUCACAUUAUUUGGGAUAAAAACACAUGCACAAUCACUUCACACACAUACACAAUCACUGAGGCAUUCAAUCUUCGUACAAACUGAAAUUAUCCAGCAUGAACAGACGCUCACCCAAUAGCCAUCACACACUUUACACACAAACAGACAUGGCAGCAUGACGUACACACAAGCACGCAAAUAAAAAAUAUAGCAUCAUACAUUGCUGCACUAAAAGACACACUGAAACGCAUACACAGACACACACUCUGUCCUACAAUCCCCAGUGUUUCAAUAAAGUGAAGGUUAAUCGCAAUGUUAAUCUAUCCAAUUUCAGAGCAAAAUCGAAAAAUGGGGGGAGAUCUUUACGAGAGAGGUUAGAGAAAAUCGGCUUGAAUUUGCCCGCAGGCAGGCGUAAGGCAGCCAACGUUACGCUACUAACCUCACUGGUGGAAGGUAAGCAGACACUUCAUCAGCAACAGCCAGCAAACACUCUAAUUAUUGUCUAUUGGCUUUUGAUGUGUGGGUAGCUAAACACAGGGUGGCUUUAACUCUUCUAUAUCUAAGACACCAUUACAGCCACAUAUGGUGGACAUAGGGUUUUUAGUUAUUGUAUUUGGCUCUAAAAAUGAAAACAGACCUCCCUCCCCCUCCUGGUUAAUAUUUGAUAUGUGAGUCCUUAAUCAUUAGCACACAUCCAUCUACUUGUAACACAAUAAUAAUCCCUUCUUAGAAGUUAGUUCUGAAGCAUAUGGUCACCUAGAAAAUGGUAUCAUCUGUCUGAAACAUAACAAUACAUUUAUUGAAUGAUAAAUCUGUAAUUAAGGGGGCUGAUGUCAUAAUGUUUAAAUCAAAACAAAUAGCACAUUUUUUUUUACAACUUAAAAAUAAAUAAUUAAAAUAAAUAUUGAGACUGAUGUUUCAAAUUGCUGUGCUAAAUUGAGUACUGUUUCAUUAUUUUUUCGGUUUCUUUAGAUUGUACACCGAUUUUUUUUUUAUAAAAUGGUCAUUACAUUACAUUUAGACAUGCACUGACAUUUGUACUACUUUUGUUAACCCCCUAAUUAAUGAUAAUUGAUAUGGAGGUUAUUUAAUGGCAAUCCCCAGCAGCAUCGAAUUUCUAUUGAGAGGGAUCAGAGAUCUAACGUUUGUUUUAAAAUAUGUUACAUAAUAUCUUUUAAGCUGGCAUGGUUUUGACACAACAAUUGAAUAACCCUGUGAGCGCCGGGGGGUACAGUCAAGGCAUCGGACUCAGAGAAACAAACCUAUCAUCUGGCGCACCCACUUACCUACACACCCACCCAGGGAUACUCGAAUGCAUUAUGUAAUAAUCGCCUGUUAGUAAAUAAGAAAAAAAGGCAGAUCGUCUGCAAUUGCAAAUACAAGUCAAAGUCAAAGGUCCCUGUGUGAUUCUAAAUAUUUCCCAUAUAUAUAAGAUUACACGAUUACAAUAAAAAAAUACACAUAAUAUAAAAUACAUAAAUACAGUAACACAGGUAGAGUUAUUUUUAGAGAAUUUCACAUUUAAAAACUCUGCUGUCAUUUUUUUUUUUUUUGGCUACUCUGGCCUUAAAUGUAAAUCUCACUAUGAAUUCUAACUUAAAUAACCCCUGCCAGUUUAUUUUUAUUUUUUUUUAAACAAGAAACUGUAUUAACCCUCUUUUUCACAAGAUCGAUACAAACUGCUAUGUAUCAUUUUUAAAAGAUGUAAUUGUACAAAUCGUUACAUAGUUGUAGUUACAUAGUUAUAUAGGGUAUGCUCAGCGUUUCUAAAUAGGUUUUGCUAGGUGUAUCAUUUAGUGAAAAUAUUUAAUGAGUAAAACAAGUUAUAUCGAACAACUGGAUUGAUUAAAUAAUGAAUACACAUAUUUUUGCGUGUGAGUGUUUUUUGUGUGUGUGUUUUUAUUUAUUUUUUUAGAAUCUUUACCCAAAUCGAAUCAGUUAAUCAUAUCUACAAUAUUCAGGAAAUCUAUAAACCAUCCAGUGAAUAUAUAUAUAAAUUAUGGUUUUAUUAUUAAAACUAUUACAAAUGUAAGCCCAAUUAAUGACUUUAUAAUUAUGGCCACAAUAACUAAAAUAAGGAAAAAAUGACUGUGCUGAAAUGAAAUAGUCAUUUAUUGGGUUUAAUUAUACAGGUUACUAUUUAGUACAUAUUUCAUUACAUUGUUUUAUAAUGUACGUGUAUGUGUGCCAAUAUGAGUGUGACUUCAGAAUUGGACUUGAUAAAGAGGCCGCCAUGCAUUUCACUGGGGACUUGUUAGUGAAAAAUAUCAUUUCAGGCCAACGUUUCGUAUGGUUUUAAAUGUGUGUGUGUGUCUGUGUUUGUGUGUGUUGGAGGGGGUAGUAUGUUUGGAUAUGUUUGCGAGGGCGCUUUAUAUUGCACAAAGCAGGAAAAAAAACAAACAGUUUUAUUCCUAAUUAAUUCAGCUACAUUUAAAGAUCGCAUUAAACAUUAGAGCAAGCCUGACUGCACUAUGGCUUGAGAUCACUGAAUUGAUAAAGAACUUUGAAAAGUUGAUUGUGUGUUAAUGAGUAUGUAUGGAUUAGCCCAAAUUGGCAUGUUUUUGUUUUUCUUAGCUACUCUCCCUCAUCAUUGGAAAAAAAUUUGAAGGGCUAGGGCUUGCCUAGUUUUGUGUUUGAAAUCCUUCCAGUACCCCCCUCCCUGUCCCCUACAGACUCCCCCCAGGUACCUGCUAGCUUUCUAAUCUUCCAGUAUCCCCCCAGAGCCUGACUCCCCUCCCAGCUCCCUGCUUGCUACAUUCUAACUAUUGGAAAUCGCAUGCCUAAGAGCACAAAGCGUACUCUAAAGCUUUAGGCUAGAAACAUGAUACCAAGUUGCAGAGAAAAUGACAGUUAGAAUUAUAUUUAGCGUAAUUAUUCUUUUUUUUUUUUACUCUCCCCAUGAAAACAUCAUAUUUGUUUCAUCCUGUCAAUCUCCACCCUUUAAACACCUACAAAGUGCACACGACUUAAAAAACUGCUUGCUUUAGGGAAUUCAAAUAAAAUAAUACUGGCUCUACUUAAUAUAAUAGGUUAAAAUAUAUUAGGGUUACCAUUGAUAAUUAAAGAACAAUAUUUUACUUUAAUUAAUACAAAUAACACUAACAAAAAAUCUUGCUUGAAAUUUGGUAUAGUAGUAAUAACUCCCCUAUAAAUGUUAUAAUAAACUGUACACAUAACUAUUUACUAUCAAUCACAACACGAUUUUAAAUAUUUUUACAAUCCAUAAUAUUUCAAAUAAUGGUUUAAUGUUUAUACUAAUAUUUAUAAAAACUACUACUUUAUUUUUAUUAAUAAAUAAAUGUUCAUUGAGAACUCAUGUUUUCCUUAUCAUCGUGGGCUGAUAAUCACGAUCAGCUAUUAAUCUAGCAUUACCAUCAAUAUCCUUGUAUUUAUCUAUUAAAAAAUAUAAUUAUCACAAGCGUUGCUAAUCGUGGUGUUGCGGUUAAUAUUUACCAAUACAAAUGCUUGCGAUGUUCCCUUUUUUCUUAUAGCAGUUUUUUAUAUUAGUAAUAAUUCUGGUGUAUCCCAAUAUACGAUUAACAUUUACAACAUACCAUUUAGUUAGACUGAUUUGUCACUGUUGAUUUUUAAUAGCUUUGUGCUCAAAUUAUUUUUCACUUCACAAGCCGGGGAGGAGAGGGUUAAAUUCGGGGCAGUCACGUGUCUGUCACUGGAACGCUGCUUAAACCUGCAGCUAUAGUGGAACCUAGAAUGCGCCAAUGUUCCUUCUCUUUAACCCUUAACGUGCCAGAUCGAAGCCACUGAUAUUGUCUUGGCUCGUAAAGGGGAUUUCUCUGAAUACGUACAAUUCUUUUUGCAGGUGAAGCUGUCCAUUUAGCUCGGGAUUUUGGAUAUAUUUGUGAAACCGAAUUUCCAGCCAAGGCAGUGUCAGAAUAUCUCAACAGACAACACACAGACCCCACUGAUCUGCACUCCAGAAAGAACAUGCUCCUGGCUACAAAGUGAGUGUGACAUGGACUAUAACACAGGAAUAUUGUCUGUCAUUUUCUCUCCCCAUCCUGUCACCUUCUUCUAUCUGUCUCUCUGGAUUAGUUCCUCUCACUGUUUCCUUCUAAGUGUGCUCUCUGUCUCAUGACGUCAUGAGGUACCUGAACCUGCAAGUGAUAAACUCACAGCAACAGUUAAUAAUGUCAAUACUUAAUUUUAUCGCUAUAAGUAUUUUUAUUGCCCAUGUAAUUUACUCUAUUUUUCAGUCAGAUGGAAAGAAAUAGCUCUGUGGCUAUUAAAGGGCUGGUGUUAUCUUGCAUUAUGUGAGGUUGCCAAGUUGGCAUUGCCUUGUUGUAUGGGCAUCAGUGGGUGAUAGCUGGUCUAGCAACAGGCAGCAUGACCAAUCAGCUUCACUGUCAGGGUGGACUGACAAUGGGACCUGUCUGGAAAGGAAAGAUCUGGGAUCUGGAGACAUUGUUCAGUUUAUCUCUGAUGGACUGCCAUCAGAGUGAUAGACAGGCAUAGAGGAAGACAGGCACACAGACAGACAGAUAUAUAAGUAGACAGACAGGCUAUGUGGGAAACAGAAGCUACAUCCCAAUAUUAUAAUGAUAACAAUUUAUGUGAAUGUGAGCACAUGUUUUCUUUUUAAUGUGAUUUAAAUCUCAUUGCCCUCUUCUCUCAGGUCAAAAGGUAUCACUGUCUCAGACCUUUAACUAGUUGCAGAUCGCCCCCAAUUUGACUUUGAAGAUGAAUAAUGAGUGACUUGAGAACCUUUUCCUUCUAAAUGUAAAAUUUCCUUCUCGGUUUUAUUGGUGAGGGAAGUUUGAUUGACACGCCAGGAAAACCAAGAAUUAUCCCAUAACACCUUUAACCUUAAAGGAGCAUUAAAUAACACCGUUUACUUUGGGAUCUGGAGACAGAUUGCAACGGUGGUUUUAGAGAGAAGAAGGACAAACAGUAAGAGCUAAUAAACAGAGGUUGUAAGAAAGGGUCCCCCUAACGUGGAAACUUGAAAAAAAUGAAGUUAUUAAUCAGAACUUGAAAAUUGCACAUAAAAGUAAAAUAAAACUUUAAUCAGUCAUUCAAAAUGAGAAAACAUCAAUUAAAAAAACAUAGGACUAUAGAUCCUAAAAAAACUGCAAGAAAUUAUACACAUAGUAUUCUAGACAUUGUGCAGAUGUAGUGCAAUACUAUGUAUCUUAUAAGAAGUAUCAGCUAGUAGCCAACAAAUAACCAAAACUAGCCAAGUUACAAAGUUUGAGAGAAGAGUAACAGUGUCACAAGGAAAUGACAGAAUCAGGGCUGUAUAGACACAAUGCUGGUCUUAUAUAAGCAGUCUGGGCUCUGUGCCUUGGUGGGCAUCAAAUUAUCAGCUGUCUGCAUUCCCUGAUCUUGCCUUGGAGGGCACUUAAGCUACCAAGCUGAUAGGUAUCUCAAAGCGAGUAAUUGGAAAUGACUAGCUAAUUAAUUAAAGGGACAGUUCAGGUACCAUAACAACCUCAUUUAUAUUAAGUUGUUAUGGUGACCCAAGAGUCCCGUUAAGUAACUUGAAAUUCUACAGCCGGAAUCAGAGGGUCUCUGAGCAUCCAACUACAGCAGAAUAGGAUUAGAACCAGAGUUUCUCCAUAACAUUUACUUUCUACACAUCUUUUCUUUUCAACUAUUUCUCUUCUCUCACAAUUUUUCUAUUCACAUCAUAAAUGUAUCUCUCUUCAUUUCACUUUUAUUUCUUGCAAUGGUCCAAUUUCUGUCUUUAAGUCACUGUCUUUAAUCUCUCUGUAUAGGUAUCUUUACAUCUGUCUUUAUCACUGUAUCUAUGUCACUUUACAUUUGUCUCCCAGUCUCUCUGUCUCCCUGUAGAGGUCUCUUUUUUUCUGUCUCUCAAUUUCUAUAUCUCUUUGUAUCUGUCUGUGUCUCUCACUCUGUGUCUCUCAAUCUCUGUAUUUCUUUGUAUCUGUCUGUGUCUCUCACUCUGUGUCUCUCAAUCUCUGUAUUUCUUUGUAUCUGUCUGUCUCUCUCUCUGUCUCUACGUCUUUCAGUCUCUGUACCUGGUUGUGUAUCUGUCUGUGUCUCUCUCUCUAUGUGUAUCUAUGUCUCUCAGUCUCUGUAUCUCUUUGUAUCUGUCUAUGUCUCUCUCUGUGUGUCUCUUUGUUUCUGUAUCUAUUUGUAUCUGUCUGUCUUUCUCUCUCUAUAUCCCUCAGUCUCUGUAUCUCUUUGUAUCUGCCGGUGUGUGUCUCUGUCUAUCUCUGUGUCUCUGUAUAUCUUCCUCUGUCUGUUUCUUUCUGUCUCAAUGUCUGCAUCACUCUGCAUCUGUAUUUGUCUAUUCCUGUCUCACAGGAUCUGUACCUGUCUGCGUUUAUUUCAGUCUCUCUCAGUCUCCCUAUCACUCUGUAUCUGUCUGUGUCUCUUCCAAUUUCCGUAUCUCUUUCUCUCUCUCUCCAGUCUCUCAUCCAUUACCCUAUAAAGCUGAUCACCCAUGUGCUGUCCCUCCCCUGUACACCAAAAUCAGCUGGUGAUGGGGAAUCUGUCUCUGCCAACCUGUGUUCUGAGCAUUAAAACCUGCAAUCAUUAUGUCAGUUCUGUGUUCUGUUUGUAAUGCCCUCGGGUUUUUGUCUCCUUUUUACCUCCCCAGGCAGCUUUGUAAAGAGUUCACAGACCUCUUGGCUCAAGACAGAACUCCCAUAGGUAACAGCAGGCCCAGUCCAAUUUUGGAACCUGGGAUCCAGAGCUGCUUGACUCACUUCAGUCUUAUCACCCAUGGCUUUGGAUCUCCAGCCAUCUGUGCUGCUCUGACAGCUCUCCAAAACUACCUUACUGAGGCCCUCAAAGGAAUGGACAAGAUGUUUUUGAACAACAACGGCACUAACAGGCAUACUUCUGGGGAAGGUCCAGGCAGUAAAAACGGGGACAAGGAAGAAAAACACCGAAAAUGAAAGCAGAAAUUACAAAUACUGAAACACCUUUCAUUUUAGCUUUAAUAUGUUGGACUGGCUUUGGAAAAAAAUACAACUAUAUAUAGAUAUAUAUCAGAUUGAGCCCCAUCAGAGAAGCAACCUUUGAUCCAACUGCACAGAGACAAACCAGGCUCAUUAUCUGAGGACCAGGACGCUUGCAAUCCAACUCCCUUUGUAAUGUCUUAAUUUUUAAUAAAAAACAUCACACUUUCUAAGAGACCCUAAGAAGAACAAUCACCUAUUGGAGAAAUAUUGGAGGAACAUUUUUGAUUCUUUGGUUCCUGAGAUGCACGUUUAUCAUAUAAAGAGCUUUCUUCAGAAUCAUAACAAAAAAUGGAAUUUGAUCAUUUGCUGUGGAACAUUCAGAUACCUUGUUGCCAUCUCACCAGUGUGUUGGAGAUUUUCCAAUAAUUUCCACAUGUAGAGUAUUUAACUGUGGACUAACUAUUGCAGAUGAGGCUAUGUGUGAUGAUGAUGACACUGGUAUCAGGAAGCCCUCAAUGUGUCAUCCAUUAUUCUAUUACCCAACAAAAGGAUGUUUUUAUUUUAUUUUUUAUCUCUUAAUUGUUUUUCAUACUGUUCUGGACAUUAUUUGUUGUAAUAUAUGUGGUUUGACAAUUCACUGUAAAACAUGUUGCCAAGUGUUUGUACCCCUUGGUUAAAAGGUCCCCCAUAUAAGUAAUAGAAUUUAUGUUGAUUUAUACUUUCCUACAUUUAGCUUUUUUUAUAUUUCUGUGUUAUUUUGUUUCAGGCAUUUAGCAGUGCUAGCCUGGAAUGGAUAUACAACAUUCAAUAUGUGUCCUUGUUCACCAAGGAUGUUGUUCUGUAACUGUUAUAUUAGAAGUAUUAUAAAACCUCUUUUCUCUUUAAAUGCCAUUGAAUAAUACAAUAAAACAUAUACCUUAACAAUUUAAUUCAGCCAGCACAAAAAAAUAAUAAUAAAUAAAUAAAAACAAAAUAAAUCAAUAAUUUGGCUCAGGAAAUCACACAAAAGCAAUUAAAAAUAUUAAUUUACUAUAUUUGCUAUGUAUACAAUAAAAUGGGUCAUAUGACGUUACGUCUACGUUUUCCUCUUGAGAAGGGGGCUUUAAAGGGUAAUCAUCGACUGAUAUGGAUAGCUUUUACAGAGCAACAUGUUAUCUAAAUGGAAAAAUAAAAAAAUAAAUUAAAAAAAUCAACCCCUCCCAUAAAAAAAUAGGUAUGACCACUUUAAAUGAUUUUACAAUACCAUACCACUAAUUAUUGGAGAGGGGGAGACAACCUCUGUCCAUAUUUCAGACCCCUUAGAUAUAUAUAUACAUUUUAAGAGCACUUUUAACCCCUUCACGAGGUAGAAAAAAUAUAUAUUUAUAUUAAGGCAGUACUAUCAAGUUAAAUCAGCUCACAUAAACAUUAGUAAUCACUGCAGGUUAGAGUUGCCCACUGAUCUCUGCAGAGAAAAUAGGGAGAUAGUUAAUAUCAUAUUUUAUUAAAUAUAAUUGCAGCAAUGCAUUUCACAUGGCAAAACAGGAAAAUGACUCAAGUUUCGAAAAUCUAAAACUGUGAUUUUAAUUUGAUGUUAGGUUUUGUGAAAUUGAAUUUAUAAUUUUACACGUCCAAAGAUUUGGCAAUGCAUUAGAAAAUAAAUGUUGUCUUGGUUGGAUAUGAGAAAAAAUAUUUCUAUUUUAAAAUUGUACUAACAGAGAAUUCAAAAAGUUUAUCAUCCAUACAUUUAAAUGACAUCUCCCCAAAUAAACAGCACUUAUUUGAUGCUUAGAUAAUAAAUACAAAUGCAUCAUAAUAUACUCAGUAGAAUGAAUAAUCUAAACAACACAAAAAUGCUGUCAUACAUAUAUCAUAGUUGUUUUAGCCUAGAAACAAAAUAAAAAUUAAAAUACAAUCAAAACAAUUUUGCACACCAGAAAUACCCCCUAAAUAAACAUAAACAAACAAACAAUAUACACACAAACACACACAAACAUUAUCCCCUUAAGAACACAUGACGGAAUAUUUCCGUCAUGAUUUUAUUUUAUUUCUGAAUCUGUGCCCUUAAUUUAAAAAUUGGAGUUUAAAACAUUUAACUAUAUAAUGGAAGGGAUCUAUUCACUAAGCUGUGAAUUAUGGUGACUAAGUAUUUACUUUCAACAUAGAAACCAAACUGCAUUGGAAAUCCUGACUUCUGUGUAACUGGAUUCUCCAAACUGGUCAAUUUUGUCCCACAUUGUCCAAGUUUGUCCAUACGUCACCACAAAUCACAACCCAUAGUACAGUUAGAUUACGUCAUAUCUUUAUUUCCUAAACUCAGCAAUACACACUACUUAUUGCUAAUUCAAUCUGUCCGUAUAUUUGACUAACUUGGAAAAAUGUGCAUUUAAUUUUUUUACCUCUUUAAUGUUUUGUGCGUUAAAAGCGUUUAAUUUGGACAGUAAUCCUGAUGUUUCAUUGUUAUAAAAUAAAUAAUUGACAGUAUUUUUUCACCCAGCCUAUCGUGAAUGGAUAGUUACGUUUGACCUUAAGACAAGCCACAAAUAAUAUAUUAUUAAUAAAUAUUAACCAGCUUGAUGUUGCUCAUACAAAGCGUUACCUUUAGGUAUACCAUUUGCAAAAUAUUCCAGAUAUUGAUUUUUAUUUAUCUGAUUUCAUAUUAUUUGUGGGAAAGUCGAAAAAAUAUAAAAAAUAAAACAACUUUUCCCAGUAAAAUUGCAUAAAAUACCCCUUUUUAUGUCAUAAAAUCUGCAACCAACAGAGGUGAAUUCUCAGAUAUGAUUUUUUUUUUUAGUCUAAACAUAACAUUUUGCUAUGUGCCAACCACACAGACGUGUCUCCUGUUUAAUUAAAAUUUUCGUAUCCAUCUCAUUUUAUGUGAUUUUUCAUUAACAUUUCAUACAAAUAUCCUGCAGAACUUCAAAGAGAGGAUUGACUCAUUGUUUAGAAAAACAAACAAAAAAAACUAAAUAAAAAAACACACAAAAAUAUACAUAGAAAAAAAUGAAAAAGAGAGAAAAAAAGGAAAAUAAAAAAUAUGGGAGGGCAAAAUAAUGUUGAGUUUGUAUAUAUUUAUUUAUGCUUAAUUUAACAGGAAUUUGUAUAUAUGGCGAGCAUUUUCGGUUUAUUUAUCUGUGAGUUUGUAUCUCUGUGAAUGGGUGGAAACGCUUGAAAUUAGAUAGCCUCUCUGAAUUUUCUGUUCCUUAGACAAACGAUUAUAGUAAUGGAUAGAAAUUGGGUCUUGUCUAGUGAUGAUCUGAUUUACAUUAAUAAAAAAAUGUUGUGUUUUGUUGUAAUUUCAGCUUCUGUUUUUUAUGUGACACUCCUCAGUCCUGCAGAAGGACAUUAUUAAAUCUUUCCUAAGUACACCAUAAAUUUGAAACUGCCUAAUGAAAUUGAAAAAAAAAAUAGUAAUAAUAAAACAGUGUGUUUCUGCACACUUAUAAUACACGACUAGGAGGAUAGAUAGACAUAUUGAUAAGCAGCAGACACAUAGAC